GGGCUUGGACGCCCCUUUCACAAGAUGGCGCCGAAGGCGAAGAAGGAAGCUCCUGCCCCUGCCAAAGCCGAAGCGAAAGCAAAGGCUUUGAAGGCCAAGAAGGCAGUGCUGAAAGGUGUCCAAAGCCACAAAAAGAAGAAGAUUCGCACAUCACCCACCUUCCGGCGGCCCAAGACACUGCGGCUCCGGAGGCAACCCAAAUAUCCUCGGAAGAGCGCCCCCAGGAGAAACAAGCUUGACCACUAUGCCAUCAUCAAGUUCCCCCUAACCACUGAGUCUGCCAUGAAGAAAAUAGAAGACAACAACACACUUGUGUUCAUUGUGGAUGUCAAGGCCAAUAAGCACCAGAUCAAACAGGCUGUGAAGAAGCUCUAUGACAUUGAUGUGGCCAAGGUCAACACCCUGAUCAGGCCUGAUGGAGAGAAGAAGGCAUAUGUUCGACUGGCUCCUGAUUAUGAUGCUCUGGAUGUUGCCAACAAAAUUGGGAUCAUCUAAACUUGAGUCCAGAUGGUUAAUUCCAAAUAUACAACUUUUUUCACCAUAU